AGCCUAGCAACUUCCUUUUCUCUCUCUUUUUCAAUUUGUUUCUUCUUUUUAAAGGGAAAAAAAAAAGGAUUUUUCCUAGUAAAUGGGUUGCUUUCACUCUAAGGUAACUAGGCAACACCCUGGGCAUGAAGACCCUGUUACUCUUGCUUCACAAACUGCUUUUAGUGUUAGUGAAGUUGAAGCACUCUUUGAGCUAUUCAAGAGCAUCAGCAGCUCCGUGGUUGAUGAUGGAUUGAUUAGCAAGGAAGAAUUUCAGUUAGCGCUGUUUAAGAAUAGGAAGAAGGAAAACAUUUUUGCAAGUCUGAUUUUCGAUUUAUUCGAUGCCAAGAAGAAGGGAAUCAUUGAUUUUGGUGACUUUGUUCGAGCACUGAAUGUCUUCCAUCCAAAUGCCUCACAAGAGGAUAAAAUAAAUUUUACAUUUAAACUUUAUGACAUGGAUGGAACUGGUUUUAUCGAGCGUCAUGAGGUCAAGCAAAUGCUGAUUGCACUUUUGUGUGAAUCCGAAAUGAAGUUGGCUGAUGACACCAUUGAGGCAAUACUCGAUAAGACAUUCUUGGAUGCCGACAUUAAUCAGGACGGGAAGAUAGAUAUAUCAGAAUGGCAAAACUUCGUCUCUCGUAAUCCAUCAUUGUUGAAAAUCAUGACCCUCCCAUACCUGAGGGACAUAACAACAACGUUUCCGAGCUUUGUUUUCAAUUCUGAAGUAGACGAGGUUGCCACAUGAUUUUUAUUUUUUGGGGGGAGUAUGUGUUGUACUUGAAAGAAUGUUUCUUUUUCCCUUUGGGUAUGAUUUGUUGAAAUUGAGUCCUUAUGUGGAGAAAGUAGCCUAGUUUUUGUUGUAU